UCGCAAACACCCAAGGAGAAGCGCAUCGCACUGCAGAGCCAUCCAGGCUCUCUCGUAGCGCUCCUGCUCUGGACACAGCAAGUUACUGACUUCCCCAGUCGACACACGCCUCUCCCCCUUUGUGCGGCUGCUCAGUCAGAUCGCGCCUCCUUUGACUCACCACGUCAGAAUUUGCCUCGUCCCAGUCGCAACCGCCAUGGCUGCCAUCGCCUACAAGCCCGUGUCCAACAUCGCCAUGGCCUUUGGGCGUAUGCACGAUGGCGGCCUUGCACCCUCGACGGGUACCCUCCCCACGCCUCCGAGUUCCAUCUCUCCGACGCUCCCUGCUCACAAGCGACGACCCAUGCCCAUAGCAGGGCCCGUCUAUACACCGGAGGAGUCGAUGGAUAUUGACCUCCAGGAUGCUGUCGAGCAUGCUGCCGCGCAGGAUCAGCCCUCGGCCCUGUCCAAGGAGGCGCUGGCUGGCCUGGACGCAACGCGCCAGAUCACCGCCCUGAUGCUGGCCAAGCACUACUUGCCCGACAUUAUCGUCGGCCACGGCGCCAUGCCCAUUCGCGAGAUGAUGGCGCAUCUAACGCACUCGGUGCCGGGCUUCUCUGGACUGCCGCCUGCCAAAGCGCGCAGGCUGGUCGUCGCUGCGCUGGAACAUCGCGCUGGCGGCGGCCUUCAGGGAGAGGUCAAGUUCGAGAAGGUCGGCUGGGGGCGCUGGAGCGUAGCAGGUGCUGACACCCAGGCCCAGGGGCUGCCUAUCGGUGGGUUGCGCACCGGAAACGGGCAGACACCACCCGCCAGUGUCGACAGCACUGGAGGCGGCCUGCAUAUACCCAAGCUGCGCCAUGAGCGCGACGUCUACUCAGGCAGCUGGGCCGCCGGGUCGUGGUCGCCACACCACCAGGGCGAAGAUGAAGAAAUGGCGGACCAGAUGUCGCUGGACGGCUCUGAGGGCAGCACCGACUCGGACUCGGCGUCGGAAAUGGAUCUCGAAGAUGAUCUCAACGACGAUACCGAUGAAGAAGACUGGUCUGCAAUGGGGCCGGACGCCCUUCGUGAGCCCCGCCGCGGUCCGCGCCGCGAACACCGCGACUACAAUUAUUUAAGCCGAACGCAGACGAGCAACCCGCGCUAUCGGAGCGCCUCGGCCCAGGCCCACUCGCUGCCUCACGGACGCACCACGACGCCCGUUUACAAGAAUCACCUUUCCAUUCCUUCUGCAUCCCGCGGCAAUCACGUCGUGAACGCGGGCCCUUCUCCUACUGUUUUUAAUGCAUCGCCUGGCGUUACUGGAUCCGGAGCCGAGCGCGAGGCCAUCGAGGCUCUUAUCGCCAUGGGCUCCAUGUAGGCCCAUGAUCCCUCCCGACGUUUGCCGACGCUCUAUGAUUACGCCGAACAUACUUCGCGAUACUGAACACUUAUACCUUGUCGUUGUCUUUGA